CGGCGCGGCGGCGGAGGCGGCGGAGCUGGCAGUUCGAGGCGAGGGGCUACGGGUCUGAGGCCGAGUGGCGGUGCGGCGGAAGCCUUGGCGCCCUCUUUCUCAAGAUCUUCUCGAGAGAUAAACUGCUGUCCCCAGUGCUGUGGCACUUCUCUGUGGAGCUGGGGCUUGGACUCCAGCACACACCCUUCUUGUGAUCAGCCUAUGUACCCUUUCCACAUUUGAAGAUGGUGAAGCUAGAUAUUCAUACUUUGGCCCAUCACCUCAAGCAGGAACGCUUAUAUGUGAACUCUGAGAAACAGCUUAUUCAGAGGCUCAAUGCAGAUGUACUUAAGACAGCUGAAAAGUUGUAUCGUACAGCGUGGAUUGCUAAGCAACAGAGAAUUAAUUUGGAUCGACUUAUUAUAACCAGCGCUGAGGCAUCCCCUGCUGAAUGCUGCCAACAUGCCAAGAUUUUGGAAGAUACACAAUUUGUUGAUGGAUAUAAGCAGUUGGGAUUUCAGGAAACUGCUUAUGGAGAAUUCUUGAGUCGAUUAAGGGAAAAUCCUCGUCUUAUUGCCUCCUCUUUGGUUGCUGGAGAGAAACUUAAUCAAGAGAACACGCAAAGUGUUAUAUAUACAGUUUUUACUUCUCUCUAUGGUAACUGUAUCAUGCAAGAAGAUGAAAGCUACCUCCUUCAGGUUUUGAGGUACUUGAUAGAGUUUGAACUUAAAGAAAGUGACAACCCCAGACGACUUUUGCGGAGAGGAACUUGUGCCUUCAGCAUCUUAUUUAAACUUUUUUCUGAAGGACUAUUUUCUGCCAAACUUUUCCUCACAGCUACUUUACAUGAGCCAAUCAUGCAGCUGCUUGUUGAAGAUGAAGAUCACCUGGAAACAGAUCCCAACAAACUAAUUGAGAGGUUCUCUCCAUCUCAACAGGAAAAACUCUUUGGAGAGAAAGGUUCAGAUAGAUUUAGGCAAAAGGUUCAAGAGAUGGUGGAUUCUAAUGAGGCCAAACUCGUUGCUUUAGUGAACAAAUUUAUUGGUUAUCUCAAACAGAAUACAUACUGCUUUCCACAUAGCUUGAGGUGGAUUGUGUCACAGAUGUACAAAACCCUCUCCUGUGUUGAUAGACUCGAAGUUGGGGAGGUCAGGGCAAUGUGCACAGAUCUCCUGUUGGCCUGCUUUAUUUGUCCUGCAGUUGUCAAUCCAGAACAAUACGGGAUAAUUUCUGAUGCUCCUAUUAAUGAGGUGGCAAGAUUUAAUCUGAUGCAGGUUGGCCGUCUCUUGCAACAAUUAGCAAUGACUGGUUCUGAAGAGGGAGAUCCCCGGACAAAGAGCAGUCUUGGAAAAUUUGACAAAAGCUGUGUUGCUGCAUUCCUUGAUGUUGUGAUUGGGGGCCGUGCAGUGGAAACCCCUCCAAUGUCUUCUGUUAAUCUUCUGGAAGGAUUGAGCAGAACUGUUGUUUAUAUAACCUACAGUCAGCUUAUUACUCUGGUAAAUUUUAUGAAGAGUGUAAUGUCUGGAGAUCAGCUGAGAGAAGACAGAAUGGCUCUAGACAAUUUACUGUCAAACCUGCCACAGGCAAAGCCAGGAAAAAGUAGCAGUUUGGAAAUGACUCCCUACAAUACUCCACAGUUGUCUCCAGCAACCACUCCAGCAAAUAAAAAGCAUCGUUUGCCUAUAGCAACUCGGAGCAGAAGCCGCACCAAUGUGCUUAUGGACUUACAUAUGGACCAUGAAGGAUCAUUUCAAGAAACCAUCCAGGAGGUACAGCCAGAAGAAGUGUUGGUCAUUUCCUUAGGGACAGGUCCCCAGCUUACACCUGGGAUGAUGUCAGAAAAUGAGGUCCUAAACAUGCAGCUUUCAGAUGGAGGACAAGGAGAUGUCCCUGUUGAUGAAAACAAACUCCACGGUAAACCUGAUAAAACCUUGCGCUUUUCCCUCUGCAGUGAUAAUCUGGAAGGAAUAUCUGAAGGUCCUUCAAACCGAUCCAAUUCAGUGUCUUCUCUAGACCUGGAAGGAGAGUCUGUGUCAGAACUUGGAGCAGGACCUUCUGGGAGUAAUGGAGUUGAAGUCCUACAACUGUUAGAACAUGAGCAAGCUACAACACAAGAUAACCUUGAUGAUAAGCUAAGGAAGUUUGAAAUUCGUGAUAUGAUGGGACUGACGGAUGAUAGGGAUAUAUCAGAAACAGUGAGUGAGACCUGGAGUACAGAUGUCCUGGGAAGUGAUUUUGACCCUAACAUCGAUGAAGAUCGCUUGCAAGAAAUUGCAGGUGCAGCAGCAGAGAGUAUGUUAGGCAGUUUGUUGUGCCUGCCAGGUCCAGGGUCAGUGCUUCUUGAUCCUUGCACUGGUUCCACCAUAUCAGAGACAACAAGCGAAGCUUGGAGUGUAGAGGUAUUACCAAGUGACUCAGAAGCCCCAGAUCUAAAGCAGGAGGAACGCCUGCAAGAAUUGGAGAGCUGCUCUGGACUGGGUAGCACAUCUGAUGAUACGGAUGUCAGGGAGGUCAGUUCCCGUCCCAGCACACCAGGCCUCAGUGUUGUGUCGGGCAUAAGUGCGACCUCUGAGGAUAUUCCCAAUAAAAUAGAAGACUUGCGGUCUGAGUGUAGUUCUGAUUUUGGGGGGAAAGAUUCUGUCACUAGUCCAGAUAUGGAUGAAGUAGCUCAUGGUGCCCAUCAGCUGACCUCUCCUCCUUCUCAGUCAGAGUCUCUUCUUGCCAUGUUCGAUCCUUUGUCUUCACAUGAAGGAGCCUCUGCUGUGGUAAGACCCAAGGUUCACUAUGCUAGGCCAUCGCAUCCACCACCAGAUCCCCCAAUCCUGGAAGGCACCGUGGGAGGAAAUGAGGCCAGGUUGCCAAACUUUGGUUCCCAUGUUUUAACUCCAGCUGAAAUGGAGGCAUUCAAACAAAGGCAUUCUUACCCUGAGAGAUUAGUUCGCAGCAGGAGUUCUGAUAUAGUAUCUUCUGUCCGGAGACCCAUGAGUGAUCCAAGCUGGAACCGACGUCCAGGGAAUGAAGAUCGAGAACUCCCCCCGACUGCAGCCAUCGGUGCUACUUCUUUGAUGGCUACACCUCACUCAUCAUCCUCCUCCCCGAGUAAGGACUCCUCAAGAGGAGAGACUGAAGAACGCAAAGAUAGUGAUGACGAGAAAUCAGACAGGAACAGACCUUGGUGGAGAAAACGUUUUGUUUCAGCUAUGCCUAAAGCUCCUAUACCAUUUAGAAAGAAAGAGAAACAAGAAAAAGACAAAGAUGAUCUGGGGCCUGACAGAUUCUCAACACUCACAGACGAUCCCAGCCCCAGACUCAGUGCGCAAACCCAGGUUGUUGAGGAUAUUUUGGACAAAUACAGGAAUGCCAUUAAACGAACCAGCCCCAGUGAAGGAGCAAUGGCAAACUAUGAAAGUACAGAGGUUAUGGGUGAUGGUGAAAGUGCACAUGAUUCUCCUCGUGACGAAACACUACAAAACAUCUCAGCUGAUGAUCUCCCGGAUUCUGCAAGCCAAGCAGCCCACCCUCAGGACUCAGCUUUCUCCUACAGAGAUGCGAAAAAGAAACUGAGGCUUGCCCUUUGCUCUGCGGAUUCUGUUGCUUUCCCAGUGCUAGCCCAUUCAACAAGGAAUGGCUUACCAGAUCAUACAGACCCAGAAGACAAUGAAAUAGUUUGCUUCUUAAAAGUUCAAAUAGCUGAAGCAAUUAAUUUACAAGAUAAGAACUUAAUGGCUCAACUUCAAGAAACAAUGCGCUGUGUGUGCCGCUUUGAUAAUAGGACCUGUAGGAAACUGCUGGCAUCGAUUGCUGAGGACUACAGGAAAAGGGCCCCUUAUAUCGCUUACCUCACUCGUUGUAGACAAGGCCUACAGACCACACAGGCUCACCUGGAAAGGUUACUGCAAAGGGUUUUGCGGGACAAAGAAGUGGCCAAUCGCUACUUUACCACUGUCUGCGUGAGGCUACUGCUUGAAAGCAAAGAACAUAAGAUCAGGGAAUUCAUUCAAGAUUUUCAGAAGCUCACAGCAGCUGAUGAUAAAACUGCUCAGGUGGAAGAUUUCCUGCAGUUCCUUUAUGGUGCAAUGGCCCAGGACGUCAUAUGGCAGAAUGCAAGUGAAGAGCAGCUGCAGGAUGCCCAGCUGGCCAUAGAACGAAGUGUGAUGAACCGCAUCUUCAAGCUUGCUUUCUACCCCAAUCAGGAUGGAGACAUACUUCGAGACCAAGUUCUUCAUGAACAUAUUCAGAGAUUAUCUAAAGUGGUGACUGCAAAUCACAGAGCUCUUCAGAUACCAGAGGUUUAUCUCCGGGAGGCACCAUGGCCAUCGGCACAAUCAGAAAUCAGAACAAUAAGUGCUUACAAGACACCCCGAGACAAAGUGCAGUGCAUUCUGAGAAUGUGCUCCACCAUCAUGAACCUCCUAAGCCUGGCCAACGAGGAUUCCGUCCCAGGAGCUGAUGACUUUGUCCCCGUCUUGGUCUUUGUGUUGAUAAAGGCAAAUCCACCCUGUCUGCUGUCCACUGUUCAGUAUAUCAGUAGCUUUUAUGCCAGCUGCCUGUCUGGAGAGGAGUCGUAUUGGUGGAUGCAAUUCACAGCUGCGGUGGAAUUUAUUAAAACUAUCGAUGACCGGAAGUGACCAGGACCCAUCAAGGCAGCAGGCUGUUAGGUGGACAAACAGAUCUUUAAGCAAAUGUACCAGCUCUUUGAAGGCUGAAGAUUGUUUUGUAUAAUACUGUACAGCAUUCAGACAUUUUAAAAACAGAUGUUUACUAAACAGAUUAAUGAGCUAACAAGCAGGUUCUCUUUUCUUUGGGCUCUUUUCCUUUCUCAGCUGCAUUUUUUUUUUCCUUUCUUCUUGUCCCCACGUAGAGAAUAGCACUGCAAAAAGGGACCACACUUUUCAAAUAUUUUGAAAUCUUAAAAUACAAAACAAAAAUCUAAAUUCUUAAAUCUCUAUACAUGAAUGGCCAUCCUUUCCUUUUAUUUAAAAAAAAAAAGGAUAGUACACCUCUUUCAAGAUGCUGUCUAAUCUUAAUUAUGCAUCUAACUGGAAGGAAAAUACCAGCUGCACUGAAGACUAUAAUAAUGGUGACAUUAGUGGCAUCAUCUAUAAAUAACAUGCACCUAAAUUGAAGAGAUAAGGAAAUGUAAAUAUAAUAUAUAUUUAUAUUUUAUGUAAUAUGGACAUCUUCAGAUUCUAAUAAACAAGGAAUAUUGCUGUUAGUAGGUUGUGAUGUACCCUCUUGUGAAAUGAUUUCCUUGACAAAAUUUAAGCUGAGCUUAAAAGCAAAAAACCAAAAAGUACACAGGUAUUAAUUGAAGUAUGAUACAGGUGACUUUUAGAUGUGGAGUUUGAUGUACAGGACUUGCCUUUGAUGAGGGGUAGAAAAUCAUAGAGUAAGUCACUUCAGACACUUCUCACCAUGGAUAUCUUAGAACCUGCAGUAGGAGAUAGAUUCUUUAAUCUCCAUAUAUUACAUUAAAAGGAACAGUAGCUAUUUAAUACUUUAUUGUGGUACUUCUCAUCUGAAAUACUAAAUAGAGUGUAGAAACCCCUAACCAAACUCCUUAUAAACUGUUAAUUGUAAUAUAUUUUUGAUGACUAUUCACAUUGAAUGCACAGACCAGGAAUUCAGUGAAUGUCAUUUUUUAAAAAACUAAUUUCUAUUGUCUGCUCUAGUGAUAACAAGUUUUACUAGUGAUAAACUAUUUUAAUCAACCAUACUAUUCUUAUGGAAAAAAAAUCUAUUUUGGCAGUUUUAUGUGCCUUUAUUUCCCUCUUCUGAAAAGUAAGUAUGUGUUUCAAUAUUUUGGUUUGAUUGUAUAUUGAUAAUUAAUCAGGAAUGGGUUUUGGUGUCUAAGAAAUUGGCCAAGGAGGUGCACCAAAGCCUCAAGCACAAGUCUUGUACAUACAUCAUCACUGGUUUCAAUUUGUAUGUUUCCUAAACAUGUCUAGCUUCUUUUAUAACAAACAUUACCCCCUACUUUGAGUCCCUUGUUGCUGGUAGCAUUUCCAGGCAUUUUUAAGGGCACUGUGACAGACAGCCUUGAGCAGACAAAUACAGGGGCUGUCUACUUCUCUCCAAGAUCUCUAUUUCAUUGUGCCUAAAGGAGCUGGAUUUCUUUAUGUCUCCACCUCUUCUCAUUUAUUUGUUUUAGAAUUUUAUAUUAAUAAGUUUCAUGGGAGUGUGGGAUGUGGUUCCUGCCUUUUAAAGAGAGAUCAAAACUAAACGAGUACUACAAAAUGUCCUUUUGAAUGUUAGUUUAAGAACUGUGUAUAUAGAGUCAUGUACUUCAUGGGCUGUAAUGUCUAACUUGCCUGGGUAUUAGAAGUUAAAUUCCAUCAUGAAUAUUUUAUAGUAAGACAACUGUCUAAUGUGAUUUCUAAGACCUACAAGGGAUCCAUCUACUUCAGUAUUGAAUUCAAUAAAUGUUAAGUCAGUAGAAGAGUUGGAAUAGUUGAAAUGUAUUAUUAUGGGAUUUAAUGUCAAUGAGAGAUUUUUCUCCUCCACAAUGGUUGCUGAAUCUCCCAUGUCACCACUAUGGAAAUAAAUAUAAAGAUGUGGACACUG